AUGGAGAAUAUCGUAUUCGACAGUGAAUACAAAUUGUUGAAAAUUAUCGACUUUGCUACCGCCGAUGAAAAGUCAGGUCCUUCAAUUGGCUUGGUUGGAUCGGAAAAGUACGCUGCUCCGGAAACUUAUUCUAGUUUGAAAUAUGACGGAAAGGCACUGGACAUCUGGUCCAUGGGGAUAAUAUUGUACUACUUAUUGCACAGAAAGUUUCCCUGGAAACAAGCCCACCGCAAUGAUUUAGACUAUGCCAGUUACUCCACUGCAACAACCUUGCAAAAUCUAUUGCACUUUAAUGAGGGGUCAGAAAUAACGAGUCAAAUACUCGAGCCAGACGUAGCGAAAAGAGUCACCAUUUUUCAACUAGAAGAGGAUCCUUGGUUUAAUUUGUUGCAGUUCUGUUCCGAGUCUAGUACCUGUGGGUUCACUCAUAGUAUACACCCCGCUGCCCUGAAACCAUCCACUUUGACUCGGUGA